AUGGACCAGAAUUCUCUUAUUCGACAAAAAGCACAUUCAAGUUCUACAUUUAAAAAUUUAAACAACGCUCAAACCUUUUCUAGAAAAACACAAUCAAAAAACAUUUAUUUUAUAUCUAGAUCCAAUUCUAAAGAACUAAUAAGUUCUUCAACUGAUAAUGAAAAAAAUGUUCAAAAUACUUGUAGCAAUAAAAAUUUUAAAAACAUUUCCGAUAACCAUUUUCAUUUUGGCAAUAAUUACGAUAAUAGGACAAUUGAAAAUAACGACAAGAUUAGCCCUUUGACGAACCAAUGUUGUUUCUCGGUGUCAAGGUCGGAGUCAUUAUGUUGGCAAGAUUCGGAUAAUUCUCAGCCAUCAUUUCACGUCAGGAGAGUGAACAGACCUUCAAUAAUUAGGAAACGUUUCAAUCUCUCAAAUCAAAACAAACAAGUUGAACUGUCUUUCAAGAACAGGAAAUAUUUUGAAUUCUGUUCCUCCUCAUGGGCAACUCAUCGAUCAGCAAGAUGUGUACAACAGCAUCAGUCUCCAGCAACCAGUGCUAACUCUGACGUGCUAACAAAUAAAUUUGACUGUGAUGAUAAACUAAUAAAUUUUAGAACUCUGGACCAACAGAACGAAAAUUCAGUUAAGGGUCUAGAUGCUGAUGAUUUGUUAUUAUUUUGCGAAAAUCUCGGUAAUAACCAUUCAGCCAUUGAAAAUGCAGUGGAAGCUUGUGAAAACAACAGAAAUGGCCAAUUUGUUUUAGAUGUUCCAGACAAUUUUUCCGAUCAAAGUGUUUACCAUAACCGGAACAUUGUAGAUGAAGAUAUAGUGAAGUCACAUAAUUUGACUAAGAAAAACGAUUUAAAAUUUGAUGGUUCAAAAUUAUACAACCUAGAAAGCUCUAGCUCUCCGAUUAAUUAUUUUAAAAGUUUCCAAACAAUUUCAAAUUAUGAUUUUACAAACACAAACGAAUUCAACAAAGAGUUGAUUGCAAACAACCAGGAUCAAACAAAUAAACGACCUUUUGUUUUUUGUGAAAGUUACCAAACAUCUGUCGGUUCAAAAUACUAUAAAUAUGAUCCACGGAUUCAUUCUUCGUUGCAACAACCUAGAAAUGUUUUUCAAACUUCUCAAAACAUAUUAAUGUUUGAAAACCGUCCUUUACAACAUCACCUACCGAUUAAUUCUGCUUCAUCUCAAUCAAUUAACAAAAAUUCAAAAUAUAUACCUAUACAAUGUUAUGAAAACCAGAAAGUUGUAAAUUACCAAUUAAACACUCAACCAUCUGAUAUAAGAAAAAAUACUAAUUCGCCAACAGAGUCCAAUUCUGAUGAACAUAAAAAUAACGGUUAUAAAUAUUUCAUAUGUUCCUCUAAGGUGAAGAUGAGAUCUGUAAAUCAAUCGCGAUUGUUUUACUUUGAAAACGGUAGAUUUAAAAAUAAUUUUCACUCCGAUGAUCAUUUGUCUAAAAAAAAUAAUACGAGCCGAAUCCAAAGCUCAGCAUUUGCUAAAUAUCUUACACGGGAUAGUUCAAAUCAGUACGUGAACGUUGAAAGUACUAUUGCCAAUAAAAAUAAACAACAUCUAAAAUCACUGGCGAAAUUGAAAAACCAGAGUAGAUCAAACAAAUAUUUAAAAAAAUCUAUUUCAAAAACGUUCCGAAUAAGUGAAAGUCAAGAGAAGUUGUUUGGUGAAGACUGGUCACGAAAUAAACUGGACAACCGUUUGACUGACGGUGCAGACGUCGACCUAUCUGAUACAUUAACCGAUUACAUCACUUCAAGUAAAACUGAUUCCUGGCUACCUCAGAUGGAAAUUGGCGUUGAAGAAGAAAUUGUGGAAGCGGCAGAAGACAAAAAUCAGAAUCGAAGCGAAAAAACCGUUAUCCAACCGAUCGGCUCGAUUAAUCCCAGCUCAUGUGUGAUUCACGACAAAGAAUCCAAAAAAGAAGAAGAUGGACAUUUUUCACCCAUCAUAGAUUACUUUUUAGAAAAUUGGUACGACAGUGAGAGCGUAUAUCCAUUUAAUGAAGAGAUACUAAAUAAUUUUGACGGAGAUACAAAUACACUGUAA